CGGAACGACAGCACCUAAUUUGCCGCUCACACUUUCAACGAGUGACCAGCACCCAAGCGCCUAUCACCAGCCAUUCACACUUACCACCAAAUUUGGAAGCCCAGCCCAACCAAUAGACUCCGGAUUGGACGAUUUACCCGCCUCCUGACAUUCCCACGCACCCACGGACGCACGCACAUUGCAUCGCCUCGCAGCUGCCUCGACGCCGUCAAUCCUGCCUACAUACCUACCCACCCACACUUGCAGUAGCACGUACUGUACACCUGAACGGUUUUUCUCUCAACUUUCCAACAAGCUGCCAAAACAACCGACAUACAUAUUCCAUCCGUACACACAACGCACGCACUCACGCACACGAAAGUAACGCAAACAGCGCAACCCAACGUCUGCACGCCACGAAACCCAACGACUCUCCAAGACCGCACCGCCGUCGCAAAAACAAGCCCAGAGUCAAAACAAACACCUACCUUUCUUUACGGGCCGUGCCUGCUGGCGUCAAUUUGUGACGCUGCUCCUCAAUCCGCCAGACUGGUCUCCCACGGCGCCUAAGACCACACCACCGGCUGCGACUUUUCUGCGGCGCACGGACGAUCCCCUACCCCUCCGAUUGUCCCAGAUUCUCAGCCUCGAAGAAUUGUCUUGUACCAUCCUGCCGCCCAUGACAGUCUCAUGAUAUAACACUACAGCCGUUGCGCCCGACUGCCUGACCGUUCAAAGUCAAGGGAAGCGUCGGCCCAGGCCAAUACGCUGUCCCAGCCCCAAGUGCAGAUGAUGACCUCAUCUCGACCCCGCGAUGUUGGAGGCAGCUUUGCAAGCCGACGAGGUCAUUCCAACCAGCUGUCCAUCUCGGACCCUAGCCACCAUGUCACCGAGGCAAUAGGCACCAUGUACGGAGAUAGCGAUGACGAUUCUGGGCCAGAGAGCCGACUCGACAACCCAUCAUUUCCCGACGCUUCUCGAAAGAACCGACCCCUGAGCUUCUUGGCAUCUCCGGCCGGUGGCGAGCAAAUAAAGUCCUCUGAACAGAACGGACAAAAACUUACCCGUUCGGCGUCAGAUAAAACACCACUGGCUGUGUCGACAACGGUUGAAGACACCGACUCCAAUGGAGGUUCUGCCGAGCCGAAAGACGUGCCCGUACGGAUGAAGAGCAAACGUGGCAAGUCUUAUGAGGGUCCUGGUUCGCCAAACACUGGCAUGCCGCCGAUUUCCCCUAACCUGUCACUCCGCGAUGUCCAAGAGGCCGAAUCCUCACAAUUCCCAUUGGGCAAUAUCGAAAAUCCAAGCGACAUUGCGCAAGAGCUUAGUAAUCUCCAGGCGCUCCGUCGGAUGUCUAUGGAUGUUGGAAAUACCAGUGAUCCCGAUCUGCUCCCCUUCUCUGGCAUAUCUCUCAUGGCCAUGCCGACUGUGGCUCCCAGUGGCGAGGACGAUGAGGCCGACCUAUCUCGACUUUUAUGGGUUCCCGCCAAGGUUCAUCCCGAAUUGGCGCCGGAUCAGUUUAAGAACUUUCUCGAGAACCGCGUCAACACCAUCAAGAGACGGUCGGGAGACUCAACGCUGUCUAUGGAAGGGUUGGAGAGACAUAAUUCAGGGAGUCUCAGAAGGAAAAAGUCGAUGCUUUCAAGGCAGGUCCACAGCCCGGGGACACCAACAGAGGAAUUUGAUAUGCCUGAUAGGUUGGAGAGAGAACUAUCCAAUGGUGGCAGAUCUACACCAGAGCUCAGCAUUAACGAACUGGUCAAGGAUCCUAGCAAAGUCGUUCAGAAGUUGGCACAGGAGACACAGGAUGGAGGUUCUGAAGGAGACAUGCCGAUCCUUCCCGUGGCACCCGGCAUGGGGCUAAGAAGGUCCACAAGAACAACUUACCGGAAAGGUGGCAGUCUCCGUUCUGGAGAUCGAAUUCCAUUCUCGAAAAGAGUGGCUGCUAGAGAUGCAGAGAAGGAUGCGGACAAAGACUCAGAGGAAACCCCUACAUUGCCACCUAUUGAAACGCCAAAGGAUCAAGGUCUACCUAGGAUCCAGACAGAGCCAAGCCAAGCAACUGAGAACUUUUCUCGGCCAAUGCGUGCUGUCAGGAGGCAGCAGACAUUCCAGAGGGAUAAUGCGGCCGCAUCGCCGAUCUCGCCAACUUCUACUCUCGACCCUACCAGCCCGAGUCCCUCUAAUAUGGAUGAAACCUUGAAUAUCAAGAGCCCUAUAUCAAGGCCUGGUUCUUCUGAUAGGCCCCGGACAUCAGAUUCUGCCCGCAACGCUUCCACUCCCGCCCCUGCCUCCGCUCCCAUACCCCAAAUAGUCGAGACGCCCCCGCCCGCCGAAAAGGAAUCCGAACAAUCAUCACAGGCCCAGUCAUCGAGGUCAUAUCCACAUCGGUCGACGUCGCAGAAAACCAUGGACCAGCCACCACAACAACAACCGCAGAACAACCAGCAGCAAGAGCAGCCCGCUGCACGUUCACUGAGGCGUCCAUCCUCUGUCAAACAAAGUCAGCAGUCCCCAACAUCACCCAAGGCCAGCAUGGAGCAAACCCUCAGCGACAUGGCCCAGCACCCAUCCCCGCUACCUGGCGGCAGCAACACGAGAACAGAUGCACUCACAUUUAUCCCCACGAUGCCAGCCGAGGAAAAGAGGAAAUCCAAGGAUGAGAGCAGUGGCGACUCUAGCAAAUCCACGGGCUGGAAAUGGUUCCGCGGCGAAGAUCGGGAAAAGAAGAAGCGUGAAAAGGAAGAACAGUCCAAGAAGUCACGCAGCAGGACUUCGACCGAGAAGGCCGCUGGCCACGGCGAUGCACGGCUGGACGUGCUCCAGAACAGCAUUGACACCGCGCUACAAAAGGGCCGGGAGAACCUUCUGUUGGACAACGAGUCUGUAGACAACAAACUGCACGAGGAGCGCAAGAAGGAGAGCUCGCGUGUCAAGUCUAGCGAGUCCAAAAAGGAAAAAGACGGCUUCUUUGGGUCUAUUUUUGGCGGCAAGAGCAAGAAGAGCGACAAGGACUCGAGCUCAAGCCGAAAGCAGCGAACGCUGUCGCCGGACCCGCCGCCAAGGCCGAUGAGACCCGAUAUCGAUUAUCCGUACACACGAUUUCCUAUCGUGGAGGAGCGAGCCAUAUACCGCAUGGCGCACAUCAAGCUUGCGAAUCCACGACGACCGUUGUUGAGCCAGGUGCUCCUCUCCAACUUUAUGUAUUCAUACCUGGCCAAGGUCCAGGCCAUGCACCCGCAGAUCAACGUCCCAGUCUCACCGCAACAAAAGCGGGCAGAGGAGGAACGAAGACGAAAGGAGCAGGAGCAGCAGCAGCAGUACAUGAUGCAGCAACAGAUGGCGCACGAGUCUGAGCAAGAUGAUGGACAGUGCGGCUAUGAUCAAUAUGGCUACGAUCCCCAACGGGCCGGAGACCAGUAUGGAGAUUAUCAGGGGCAACACAAUGGCUCCGUUGAUUACAUAGACGAUUCGCAGAUAUAUGAGCAUGACCAGCAACGGAACGAGCACGAGAGGAACCAAAACGGCGGCUACCGCAACGAGCAGCAGAACGGACACGGCGAUCGGUCAGGCUCUUCGGGCCGAGCAUACUAUGACUAUGAGCAACACGAGGAUGGGCGCAGGCGCGAGGAUGAAAUGUGGUGAGGGCGCUGUGCGACCAUGUGUUCAGGUUGCUGUAGCUGUCUGAAGGCUAUACAUGAGGAGCCAUGUCAUUCAGGUUCAGGGGUGAGUGUAACGCUGCCAAGCAAUUGAAGCAGCGGCAGAAUACCUGCGACUGUUUUGAGCGCUCUUGUGCUUUUUCAUUUUAAUUAGUUCAUUUUUUGUCACAGUUGCGCGUUCUUCUAUAACAUUCUAAAGUGUACUGGGAAAGCACAAGCAUAGCCGGUCGAGCAAAUGGGAGGUUAAUAUUGUCUAUCCUUUUAUUCCUUAUUCAAUGAGGGCAAUACCUCAUUGAAUGCAGUUUGUUGGUGGGCGAUAUGUCCAUAGAGCCACCACAUCGUCAAAAACGUCUCAAAUACAGUCUGGGGUGGCGAGGGGUUUUGGUAUUUCAUAGCAAUGUGCGUUGUCUUGGUUUUCUGCUCCUUUUUCUUGAGCUCCAUUCAUCACUUAGGUAGUCGUCUACUCCAGUACCUAGGUACGGUACCUAGGCAAGGUAUCCAGGUAGUUAAGCUUAUUACCUCCUAAAGCUUGACUGCUUCUGAUAUAUAAAGACCUUAUUAGAAUGAUGGCAAUGUUAG